GCCAGGGAGGGCGGGGAGUUUAGGCUGUGCCGACCCCUGAGCCCCCCUUCAGGAACCGCUGGAGCCCGGGACAUGUCGCGAUUGAGGAGAUACGAGGUGGCGCUGGAAGCGGAGGAGGAGAUCUACUGGGGCUGCUUCUACUUUUUUCCUUGGCUGCGAAUGUGGCGCAGGGAGCGGAGCUCGGCGCACCCCCGGGAGCAGAAGCUGGAGCCUCUGCGGGGCCUAAUGAGCUGUUUGUCGAGCGGCCUGAGGCCUGCUCCCCAGCGCUCAGGUCGUGGUCUCCUCUGUCGCACCCCCACCAGCGCUGCACAGACAGCCGGUGCAUUAAAGAUUUAAAGUCACGCCCACUGCCUUCCUGACUUUACCGCCGCAGCCGCCAUUGGUGCUGGGAAUCCCACUUCACACCUGCUGUUUUCUUACCCACAGGGCGUCCCUCCCUGGUAGGAUGCCCUUGCAUGUCAAGGCCUCCGUUGCUCCUAAGGGCCCCUAAUUAUCGUCAUCUUCUAAUUACUAUCAGUGACUGGCUCCCUGCCACACCCUCCCCCAAAGCACCCACACAGUAGGCCACAUAUUUCCCCCACUUAUCAGUGUUCCCACAACUCCAGCUGUUACUGCCUUCCUCUAGCUGGAACUUAACCAAAUGUCUGAAGAAUCUUCCCUUCCUGAGAGUGAAUCUAAAACAUUUUAGCCAAAGUUACAGAAUCAGCGAGAGGAAGGACCAGUUCCUAGAAGCUGCCUCUCACAUUCUUCUCAAGAGAGUGACAAGGGUUAAGGGUCUAAGGCCUUUCCUACAGCUAAAAUCCCAAACCGGCUCCCUCCAGUCUGAUCCCUUUUUUUGUUUCUUUCUUUCUUUUUUUUUCAUUACGACUGUGUGUGUGUGCCUGCCCACCACAGUGCAUGUGCACGCAGAGAUCAAAGGACAACUUGAGAGAGUCCAUUCUCUUUCUACCAUAUGGGUCCCAGGGUUCAGACUCGGGUCCUCAGGCUUGUCACCAUGGCCAUCUUGCCAGCCCCUGAACCCUUCCCUAGAAGAGUCCUGCCACCCAUUUUUAUCCUGCCAACCCAAAUCACUCUGGAACCAACUCUUGCAGUGGCAAGAGUCCCCAUAGACACCCACUCCAGCACCAGAAAGGGGAGACAGCCUGGAUUUUGGCUGAGCCCAAAGCUGACUUAGCCUGGCACAGCUCCUGCCAUAACCAUUUGUGCUGGAAAAGAAGGCUUGGCCUUUAUAUCUUUGGAGAUGCCAAAGAAGAGAUGGGUACACAGCCAGGAAAAUGUUUCUCCUUUCCAAAGAUCUCUAGAUUGACAAGUCCAGAAGAGCUUACAAAUAGCAGGCAACCAGCUAACAAAACAAAUAAGACAGGAUGAUACAACCUGGGGGGUUUUUUUUGGGGGGGGAGGCUACACCCAAGCCAUGGAACAAAGGUCUAGAAAAGGAGUAAGAGAUACCCUGAAGCUUCGGGUACCAAAACUUCAGGAUGAGUAGCCUCUAGGUUGUGGUUACUUCCAAAUACCUAAAACUGUGCAAACCUUAGCCAUCUCCUCACAGUGUUUGCAUCAAAGACCCCUUCAAAGGCUUUGUCUAGCACUGGGCCUCAUCCUUCCAGACAGCCAGAAGGCCUCUGAGACAGUGUCCAGAAGACAGGACGAGGCAAGACUUAGACUCUCAGCCUAGCUAUAGCAGAACAAGCUGCUCAGAGAUCAUGGCAGUCUAAGAGCUCUAUCUACAGAAGAUGACUGGCCUCCAAGCAGAGAACACAACAUGUAGAUAAGGGGUGGAUUCUUAGGGUUAUGGCUCAGUUUGUAUUUCAAAUCCAGAACAGGACUUGAAAAUUGAAGUCCCCAGAUUAGGUGUCUGGGGCAUUAACCCGACCAGUGUCCCCAGCCCCAGCAGAUUAUAGCUUUCCAGAAAGAGCUGCCUCAAGAUGAGCGGGCCUUUUGCAUGGAAGAGAAGAAAGGGAAUAGUAGAUUGGGGUGCUCAGAGUUUGGGGAAAUGGGUAUUUCUCAACCUGGGUUGGGAGGGGUAUGUUCCUUCAAGCCCAGAGUGUAAAGAGGAUGAAAUUUGAAUCAAAAGAGACCU